AUGGGAGCGGCGGGCGCGGCGGCGGCAGCCAAUGGGCGGUGGCGGCGCGAGAGCGCGGCCAUGGCGGCGGCGGGCGGCGAUGGCGGCGGGGCAGCGGCUGAGGCGGCUGAGGGAGAGAGCGGUGGCGGCGCCGGCCCCGCCGUGCCCGCGGCCCCGGGCCGCGCAGAGGUUUUCUCCACCGUGGUGGACACGUUCCUGGAGAAGCUGGUGGCCGCCGGGAGCUACCAGAGGUUCGCCAGCUGCUACCGCUGCUUCUACAAGCUGCAGCCCCAGCUGACCAGGAGCAUCUACGAUCAGUUCAUCUCCCAGCUGCAGUCGUCCAUCAAGGAGGAGAUCCAGGAGGUAAAAAACGAAGGGAAUCUGGAGGGGCUCUUUAACUCACUGGACAAGAUCGUGGAGGAGGCGAAGGACCGGGAGGAGCCGGCGUGGCGCCCCAGCGGGAUCCCGGAGGAGGAUGUCCGCAGUGCCCUGCUGCCCUACCUGCUGAAGCACCGCUCCUACCUGCGCAAGGUGCUCAGGGAGAAGGAGGAGGAGAACAGGAAGGUGGCCAAGUCCGUGCUGGCGGGGAGGGACAGGAUUGCAGAGCUGCAGCAGCUCAUCCAGGCUCGCAAACAAGCCUGGCAGGCAAUUGGUAAAGAGCAGCGAGAGCUCCUCAUGACAUUCCAGGAGCCCCAGUGAGGCCGUGGGGAGUCCCCCAGGUGGGGUGUGCUCAGCACCCCCAGCUCAGAACUGCCCCGUCAGGCCACCACCCUGGGACUGGAAGAGCUGCCAGACUGGCACAGUCUGAUCAGAUUUGGUAAAGAAACAAAAAACGAAUACAUUGGGAUCUUUGGAAA